CCAAGAUUCAGCAGUAAACUUCGCCGAUUCCGAAUCGAUAGUGGAGAUGGAGUCACCAAAGGUCCACGAAGCGGGGAAAGUCGAAGAAACACACCAGAAAGUUGAUCCAGAAUCAGAGGAAUCUAAAGAGGACCCAAACGCACUCGUGUUCUAGCUCUUGAUAUGAUACUCAAGUCUCUGUUGAAAAUCAGCGUCUUCUUAAGCGAUUUUCUGUUGGAGUUUUGUCAAGAAACACAUCACAGCCUCACAGAAGAUGGUGAAUACGCCGUAACCCCUUCCACCCAGCUUCGUGAUUUUCUUCUCAGCAAUCUAAACGUCACCCAUCCUCUGGAAGCAAACGGUGUAUUCGACUUCUUGGUAACCAUCUUGGAGGUUUUACCUCUCUGGAGAAGUGUAGAAGAACCUCUGAGUUCCAAGUUUGAAGUAUACCACCAAGUGGCGAAAAAGAUUUGUAACAGGUGCAAAUUGGUUACGGUAUAUCCGGUUGAACGCUCUUACGGUCUAAUCGUGGUUGCUAGCUCACUCAGGGAAAUCAAGGCAAGUCAACUUUUAUUUUAUUUUAUUAUCUUAAGCGUCCUUUUUUUCCUUAAAAUGAUGCUAGAAAUGUUUUUUAUGGUUUUUAUGACACAGCCUGCCUUCAAGGAUUUCGCAUUUGAGAACAUCCUUAAGGUUAUCAGAAUCGCCUUGAUGAUGAUGACUUGUGACAAGGAAGGAUGUGGAAAACAAAACUAUGUUGAGCGUGUGAUCAGUAAACUUCCAGCUGUUUUCACAAUUGCUGUGGAGUGGGAGAAGAAUGAGACUGAAGAAGAUAUAUUUGCUACCACUUCUGUUCUGGCUACUGAAAUUGAUAUUAGUGAGAUAUUCAAAUACGAAGGUGACAGUUUAUUCACUAAAUACCGUCUUGUGUCCAUGGUUUGCUGUCAUGGAGAUCAGUACAGUUGCAUGGCUUAUGAAAACAGAAGCUGGGUCAUACAUUUUGGUACUCAGAAUGAGGUUAGUGGAGAUUGGAAUAGGGUUCUCAGUAUUUUUGCAAAACUGAAGAUUCGACCAGAGAUUCUGUUAUUCGAAAACGUGAUGGGGAGAGACCAGAUUGUGUCCAGGAACUAAUUUCUGAAGACCAAUAAGAGCUUUUGAAUGGUGUAGAGAAGGGAUUUUGAUGUAUAUGCAAUACUUUAGAAUCGAUUCUUUGGUGGUUAAAACGUUGUGACCCUUAUUUGUCUUUUCUCUUCAGCUCAAACUCAACAUCCUGAUUGAUAUGAACACUGAAUAAAGUACCAAUUUUCAAAACACUUCUAAGUUUUGCUUCGCUUUAUGCAUUUCUAUAAUGCUUUUGAAGAUGAUCAUAGAGAGAUAUAUUCAAUUGUUGUUCAAUACUAAAACUUUUAACUUGUCCGCCUUUAUUUUUUUGCAUUUGAAACUUGUUUGAGACCUAAUUUAUGAAAAACUCUUAACAACGGUUUAACCUCCCGUUGUGAAGAUCAUGCUUAUUGGAUACAUUAAUUUUCAAUUCACCUAAGAUCGAGUUUGGAAACUGUAGAUUCUAG